GCGGGCCCGCCUUCCCCCGCCGCACACAGCGCCUGCGCGCCGCCGGCGGGAGCCGCCAUGCCGGAGGGGAAGGCCGCGUUCAGGGAGGUGCUCCCCAAGCAAGGGCAGCUGUCGGUGGAGGACACGGCCGCCAUGGUUCUGUGCAAACCCAAGGUGCUGCCCCUCAAAUCGGUGUCCCUGGAGAAGCUGGAGAAGCUGCAGCGGGCCGCGGUGGAGGCGGCACGACCCCCCGAGGGGGCAGCGCCGAGCGAGGGGGCUCCGCCGUCCCGGCCGUAGGCGCGGGGAGGGGCGGGGGGGCCGCGGCCGCGACGCGCAGGUACCGCUCUGUAUCGGAGGCUGCGGAUUAAAGGCUGACCGAAAACGCUGGCGGUGCUGCCGGGC